GCAGCCUUCCGUAUUACAGCCCUUCUGUCGGUCAGAAGCACGAUUUCCGUCGCUAUGUUCUUCCCACAGAUACUCGCCGUCGUUACUUGUAUGCUAGCGGUCGCGAACCAAGGGUUUGCCGCUCCCAUACCAGAGCAGGACUUGACGAACCAGCUCACGAACGGCCACUGGAGAUUCCCUGGGACGGGCGGACACCUGCAAUUCGGGGUCCCAGAGCCGCAGGACGCCUCUAGACGCACCGUUACUGACUAUUCGGACGCCUAUUAUCUGGGAUUCGGCGUAGCUGGUGACAGUGCGCUCGAGUCGCCGCCACGCAGGACACCAUAGGCCCGGAGAGCGGAAACGUCAACACGCUAGUCGAGUCAUAGCACGCUGUGGACCUGUGGUAGUGUAAUGUACGAACCCUCGUCCAGCCACCACGAGCGAUCCUUACUAAGGGAGAAGCCUCAGCGUAAAAUGGCAGACCUGACUCGCUCACCGAAAGUAUCGCACAUCGCC